AUGAGAGGUCUGGAGGUUCCAAGAAAGGUUGGGCAAGAGCUUGUAUUACGAUGCCUGUCGUCUGGGGGUCACCCACUGCCAGAGCUUACGUGGUACAACGGUACACGGGCUUUUACUGGUGAACAAGUGAGACGGCAGGAGCGCGAAGGUCAAGUUGAAGCUGAACUAGUUAUCCCACAGCUGACCAAAUGGGACAACGGCAUGAACCUGACCUGCAAAGCCAAUCAGCCAUUACCGGAGAUUACGUCUGUGCAAGAGGCCUGGAAUAUUUUACAUGUCCAUUAUGCUCCAAUGGUAUCAGUUCCUAUUACAUCGGUGUCCGUCGUGGAGGGAGAGGCAGCAUUUUUAACUUGCCUAGUCGACGGCAGCCCUUCUGCGAGCAUCAGUUGGAUAAAACUGGGACAUCACAUGCCGCUUGUGCAAGACGCCAGAGAGCAGACCCUCCGCAUCAGGAAUACAACCCGUCUUGAUGCUGGUAUUUAUCAGUGUUCGGCGGAGAAUGGAAUCUUACCCAUAGGUGUGGGUACCGUUACUUUGAACGUUCUCUACCCUCCUGUGAUAAAUCCAUCCUUGGAGAAGGAAGUUACUGUUCAAGAAGGUAACGACGAGUUUUCGUUGGAGUGUGUAGUGGACGGUGUUCCAGAACCACGAGUACGGUGGCGGCGGAAGGAUACAAAUUUAUAUUGGGAAAACCCACUACGGUUCCACCGGAUGAGCUACGACGUUGAGGGGACGUAUCAAUGUGUUGCAACAAGCGAUGGAUUUCCUCUACAGGCUAAAGACACAUUCAUCGAUGUAGUUGGGAAACCCUUCAUGCAAAGAAAAAUGGGCAAAUCGACCAUAUCUGCCGCAGUUGGAGAAGAAGUUAGUAUCACUUGUUCGGUGACGGCCGACCCACUGCCAUCUAAAAUAGACUGGAUAUGGAGAAAUGAUGACGAAGUAGAGAAGGAAUUGCCAGCGAGUGUCAAAAGUAACAUAGUUAUCACUGAAGAGGGCCAGUGGAUGACAUCGGUACUGACCAUACCUGAUGCUACUGUGCAGAACAGCGGGAACUACAUCUGCACGGCAUCGAACGUCUUCGGGUCUGUCAGACGCAACAUUCGUCUCGACAUUUCAGGGUCCUUGCCUAUGGAGAUCAUCAUACCUUCUAUUACUGCUGGUACCAUAUUACUACUGACAACGGCAGCUGUUAUGGUGAUCUUUGCAAAGAGACGAGGCUGGAUAUGUAAGUCUCACAUCGAAGUCUCUCGCCCGAUGCCCCCUGUACCGAAGUACUUGUACAAGACCGGUACCAUUGACUCCGGUGUGGAGGACCUACAGAAGCUACGGAAGAUGUACGGUACUCUCAAACCACGUCCUCCUCCACGGAUGGACACGGGAUGGCCAUCACCAGGACUCCCAAAUGGAGUUCCAGUUCCCCGGCCACCUCUACUAAGAGGUCUAGAGGUACCAAGUAGGAUUGGGCAAGAGCUUGUGAUACGAUGUCUAUCUUCUGGAGGACACCCGCUACCAGAGCUGACAUUGUACAACGGAACACGGGCUUUUACUGGAGAACAAGUGAGGCGGCAAGAGCGCGAAGGUCAAGUUGAAACUGAACUUGUUAUCCCACAGCUCACCAAAUGGGACAACGGCAUGAACCUGACCUGCAAAGCCAAUCAGCCGUUCCCAGAGAUCACGUCUGUGCAAGAGUCCUGGAGUAUAUUACAAGUUCAUUACCCUCCCUUGAUUAAUCCAUCCUUGGAGAAGGAAGUUACUGUUCAACAAGGCAACGACGGGUUUUCAUUAAAGUGUCUGGUGGACGGGAAUCCAGAACCACGAGUCAGGUGGCGGCGGAAGGAUGCAAAUUUAUAUUGGGAAAACCCACUUCGGUUUUAUCGAGUGAGCUAUGACGUGGAAGGGACUUAUCAAUGUGUUGCCACAAGCGACGGAUUUUCUCUACAGUCUAAAGACACCUUCAUCGAUGUAGUUGGAAAACCCUUGAUGCAAAGGAAAAUGGGCAAAUCGACCAUAUCUGCCGCUGUUGGAGAAGCAGUUCGCAUGAGUUGCACUGUUACAGCUGACCCACUGCCAUCUAAAAUAGACUGGAUAUGGCGAAAUGAUGACGGAGUAGAGAAGGAAUUGCCAGCAAGUGUCAGCAGUAACGUAGUUAUCACUACAGAGGGCCAGGGAAUGACAUCGGUACUGACCAUACCUGAUGCUGCUGUGCAGAACAGCGGGAACUACAUCUGCACAGCAUCGAACGUUUUCGGGUCUGCCAGACGGGAUAUUCGUCUCGACAUUUCAGGGUCCGUGCCUAAAGAUAUCAUUAUAGCUUCCGUUACUGCUGGAAGCAUACUACUUGUGACAACAGCAGCAGUUAUUGUGCUCUUUGCAAAGAAAAGGGGCUGGAUAUGUAAGUCGUACAUCGAUGAACCUUUAGCUUUUCGAGUCCCAGCCUCCCGCCCGAUGCCUCCUGUACCGAAGUACGUUUACAAGACCGGCACCAUUGACUCCGGUGUGGAGGACCUACAGGAGCUACAGGAGAUGUACGGUACUCUCAAACCACGUCCUCCGCCACGGAUGGACACGGGAUGGACAUCUGCUGGGGUCCCAAACGGAGGGUUAGUGCACUCGACGUCCCUCCCUCCGUACCCCACAGAGGAAUGGUCCCACCGCGAUGAGGAAGACGAAGAAGACGAGGAACCGACCGUGUCACAAGAUGAAGUAACCGUCUCAGGCGAAGAUGAAUCUGUAGUGGACUCUGAGGAGGCAGAGUCAGUGACAGAAACCGACAGCGAUGAAAGUGAUUCAGAGAGUGAUGCAGACUCGGACGUUUCUUCCAACACGGCUUCUUAUGAUGAAAGUGAAGAGUACGGCUACGACAGCGGUGACGAGGAAGAGUGGACGCUCUAUCGAGACUGGUCCAUUCCACUCAAGCACGAACCAGUCAGUGGUCUCAGCUACGAUGCAGUUCCGUUGCCCACCGCUGUCCUAAUGGGCGAUACAGCGACCCUGCACUGCAGCUUCCAUGACUUGUCGCCAGAGGAUGUUGUUAGAUGGGAUGGGCCACCUGGCCUCAGAACUAUAACGUCCGGAAGGAGAGUAGACCCAAACUACCCUCGCCAUCAGGUACAAAUCUUAUCUCCAGCAUGA